AUGAAGGAAGUGUCUUCAAACAAAUGUGCCGGAGGUUUCCAGAAAGUCUUCGAACACGAGAGCUCAGAGCUGAAAUGUAAGAUGAAGUUUGCCGUGUUUCUUCCUCCAAAAGCAGAGACAGAAAAGUGUCCGGUGCUUUACUGGCUCUCUGGACUGACGUGCACAGAGCAGAACUUCAUCACUAAAGCUGGCUCUCAGCUUGCAGCAGCCGAACACGGGCUCAUUGUGGUGGCACCGGAUACCAGCCCACGUGGGUGUAACAUUGAGGGGGAGGACGAGAACUGGGACUUCGGGACUGGAGCAGGUUUUUAUGUGGAUGCUACGGAGGAGCCCUGGAAGAACAACUACCGCAUGUAUUCAUACAUCACUGACGAGCUGCCGAAGCUGAUCAACGGCAACUUCCCCACGGACCCUGAGCGCAUGUCAGUCUCUGGGCACUCGAUGGGAGGCCACGGGGCGCUGAUUUGUGCCCUGAAAAACCCGGGCAAAUACAAGUCUGUGUCUGCGUUCGCACCCAUCUGUAACCCCGUGCAGUGUCCCUGGGGGCAGAAGGCCUUCACUGGGUACCUGGGUUCGGACCGCUCAUCCUGGGAGGCGUAUGAUGCGACCACGCUGGCUGCCUCGUACUCCGGUCCACGACUCGACGUCCUCAUAGACCAGGGUAAGGAUGACCAGUUCCUCUCUGCGUCUCAGCUGCUGCCGGACAACCUGAUCGCCGUCUGCUCCGAGAAGAAAAUCCCUGUGGUCUUCAGACUGCAGCCGGGCUACGACCACAGUUAUUUCUUCAUCUACUCCUUUAUCAACGACCACAUCAAGCACCACGCCAAGUUCCUAAACGCCUAA